UAAAUUAAAGAAAACAUAUUGGGGUAGGUGCACUGCAAAAGCUAGAGUGCAGGAGUGAAAAAUGAAGCUGAUUUUAGCUGUUUUGGCAGUUGGAGCUUGCGCUGUUUUAGCUCAAGCUACUAUUAUAGGACCUGGUUGCGAAUCUAUAACCGUUGACCGUGCCUUUGUGGAUAAACAGACCAAAGUCUUAACACUUUUCCAAAAUGUGAAACAACCAUGCUUUCAGAAAAAGCACAUGGAAAUUGUAGAGUCAUGGGACAUUGAAAAACAGAUGGAUAAAUUUGAGCAUCCUGAAGUAGUUGACAAAAUUAUGGAGUUCUACAACAACCACUACCAGUUACCCAAAGGUGAAAUCUUCUCGAUCGCCAACCAAAUGCAUUUGGAACAAGCCAUGGCUGUUUUCGAUCUUUUGUAUUAUGCCAAAGAUUUUGAAACUUUUUACAAAACCGCUGUGGUUUUGAGACACUUCAUCAACGAAGGGAUGUUUUUGUACACCUACUCUGUCGCCUUAAUUCACAGGAAAGAUACUUAUGGAAUAGUAUUGCCUCCAAUCUACGAAAUCUAUCCUCAUUACUUUUUUGAUCUUAAAACCAUCCAACAAGCUUACAGACUUAAGGAAACCAACCAAGAGUCACAAACAAUUUACGCUAAUUACACUUCAAAUUACAUGAACAUGCAUCCAGAACAGUCAAUGGCUUAUUAUCAUGAAGAUUUGGGUAUGAACUCUUUCUACUACAGUUACCAUUUGUACUAUCCUUUCUGGAUGAAUGGUACCAAAUAUGAAAUCAACCACGAUCGCCGUGGAGAACUCUGGCUAUUCAUCCAUCAUCAAAUGUUUGCCAGAUAUUACAUGGAACGUCUUUCCAAUGGUUUUGGCCAAAUCGACUAUGUAGACUUUGAUGUUCCCAUGCACACUUUCUACAAUCCAUUUAUGCAGUAUCCAAAUGGAAUGCCUUUCCCUCAAAGAAGCAGAUUUGCUAAAGUAUCAGAUUAUUUCUAUACUUAUGGAGUUCACAAUAUGAAAACUCAAUUUGCUUAUGAUUACUAUAGGUACAAGGAUUAUGUCAGGAGGAUUUCUGAUGCGAUUGACAAAGGUUUUGCCAUUAAUAAACAAGGGGAGAAAGUUGAACUUUACAACGAAAAAGACGGUUACGAUCAUCUCGGAAAUCUGCUUCAAGCCAAUCCUGAUUCUCCUGACAGUGACUUUUAUGGUCCAUGGUUGGGUCACGCUCGGAAGCUCAUGGGAAUUUCUGAUUCUGCUCUAUCUCCCUACAAAAUCGUGCCGUCUGCAAUGGAACACAUUGAAACCACUUUGAGAGAUCCAGGAUUCUAUCAACUUUACAAACAAAUGAUUCAUUUUAUGCACAAAUUCCAGUACCGUAUGGAACCUUACAAACUGGACCAACUAAAAAUGCCUGGAGUAUCCAUCAAGAAAGUCCAAAUGGACCAGCUGAUCACUUACUACGAUGAAUUCACCGCUGACCUUAGCCAAGCUGUAUUCUAUUCUGAAGAAGCAAUAAAAGAAGGCAAAACCCAUUUCCGUAUCAACGUGAAACAACCUCGUUUGAACCAUAUCCCUUUCACUUACACUUUGCAUGUGGAAUCUGACAAAAAAGUAGAUGUGGUUGUUAAGACUUUCAUUGGACCUCAAGUUGAUCAAUAUGGACGCUUCAUCAAUAUCACUGACAACAGAUGGAACUUCUUUGAAAUUGAAAAAUUCACCUUCAAUCUACAAGCUGGAGAAAACAAAAUCAAAAGAUUUUUCGGCAAGUGUAACUUCUUUACCCAAGACAAAACAAGCUUUGCUCACUUGCAGCAACAAAUUAUCGAUGCUAACAAGGGGGGUGAAUUCAAAGUAAACGCAGGAGAUAAUUAUUUCAAAUACCCAUUAAGAUUUGCUUUGCCAAAAGGUCAAAUCAGUGGCCUUCCAGUUCAGUUCUACUUCUUCAUUUACCCUUUGAACGUUUACAAAGGAAACGAUCCUAAAACUUGGACUUACCGUUAUCCUCGGCCUGGAGUAGGCGGGCCUUCCAUUGACACUUACAACAUGUUCUAUCCUCUUGACCGUCCGAUUAAGUAUCAGAAAAUGUUCCAGGAAGAAGUACCAAACUCUUACUUCUUCGACACUAAGAUUUUCCAUAAGAAGAAUACACAAAUAACUGUUUGAGAAAUUUUAUAAUAAUUGAAUAAAUUGUGUUUGUUCUCUGACAUCCAGAGAGUUGUAUUUUGUCUCACGUAACGGGAUGUUGGAUGUGUAGUCAUUGUUCCGAAAUGAGAGCUUUGAGAUAUUCCUGACCAUAAU